AUGUCUAGUGGUAACAGACGACAAAAAGAGCUGCAAAAGCAGCAACAACAGCAAAUAAUUGUUCAUGAAGAAAUUGUUCAAGAAGAAGUGGUUGCGGAUGAAUUAGUCGAUGAUGCGCAGAUAUCGGAAGAAAUCGUAGAAGAAGUUGACGUGGAAGGUGAAGUUGAGGAUGAUGUGGAAUACCGAUUGCAAGCUGAUGGCUCCUACAGGGUGGUUUAUCCGUCACGUGCAAGUAGUAUUCCAUCGGGAAGUAGACAUUCUCCAUAUGACGAUUCACAGCAUGAGAGACUAAGUGUUGGAGAAACAAGCGACAGUCAGUUGUGCGAUUCGGAAGUAGGACAAGUUCAGAGAGGACGUGUUGUACCGGCACAUGUUUUUGCCGUUCGAGGAAAUAGGAUAUAUCGUAUUGAUCGAUCAGGUGGUUCAACCACUACGACACCGGUACGUACACUAAGUGAAACGAAUCGUGGAGUUGUAGACCAAAUUUGGAUAUAUCCAGAAAUCGCCACGUGUGCAGCCGGCACGUAUUUUCAGAAAACAGAAUCAGAUUGGCGAGGACGUGAAGUGUCAUCCAAAUCAAGACCUCCACAAACUGGGCCUCUCAGUCCACCUUUGGCUUAUCGGGCUGCUCAGGCUAGCGUUCAGCGUAAUAGGGUAUUCACUCCAGUGCUGGCAGCCAAGUUAGCUCCAAAGAAACGACCCCUUGGUUCAAAAAAACCAUGUCAUUGCACACGUUCAAUGUGCCUGAAGUUAUAUUGUGAUUGUUUCGCAAAUGGAGAAUUUUGUAAUGAUUGUGAUUGCAAAGAUUGCAAAAAUACGAUUGAAUAUGAAAUUGAAAGGACACGCGCUAUUAGGUUAUCACUAGAACGCAACCCGAAUGCAUUCAAACCAAAAAUCGGUGUUGCUACUAAUAGGCAAGUGGAACCAGAACGGUUACACCAAAAAGGAUGUCAUUGCAAGAAAUCGAAUUGUUUGAAGAAUUACUGCGAAUGUUAUGAAGCGAAAGUGCCUUGCACUGAUCGAUGCAAGUGUAUAUGUUGCCGAAACACAGAGUCCGAUCGAGCAGCACGUUUAGCAAAUACCAAAUCAGCUACAGCAUUAACUGAUAUUCGUUCUGUUGCUACUCUUGGUAAUGCUGAUUUUCAUAAAGCAACGUUGUAUAGCGAUGAAGAUAGUGAUGAUGAAGUUCAAGAGCCGAGUGAUCCUAAAACGUUACCUUGGUUUUAUAUGACAGAUGAAGUGGUAGAAGCGGCAACGCUGUGCCUUGUAGCACAAGCCGAAGAAAUUGAAUCCAGCGGACAAGCAACUCAAGUAGAAAUUGAGAAAGCAAUUUUGAAAGAAUUUGGUCGUUGCUUGGGGCAAGUUAUUGAAAGUGCUUUGAAGAAUUCAAAGAAAACCUUAGGAAGCUAA